CUUUCAAGUAGUUAAAGUGAGUUGUGGAAAUAAAAGAGGAUUGUUUAAUGGUUCCUCGGUAGGAGGCAACACAUAAAUAUAUAUCACGAGUGAGAGAAACUGGAUUUUUUUAUGUUCAAAGAAAGAAAUGGAAAUGAUAAUCAUCUCUCUCUGCCUAGCAACAAUCCUAGCCCUUCUUCUCCUAAAACAAUUUCUGAAUCGAACGUACACUGCCAAAGUCAACCUACCACCGUCUCCGUGGCGAGUUCCGGUAAUCGGAAACCUCCAUCAGCUAAGCCUCCACCCUCACCGCUCCCUUCGUUCCCUUAGCCACCGCUACGGUCCACUCAUGCUCCUUCAUUUUGGCCGUGUCCCGGUCCUCGUAGUCUCUUCCUCUGACGUAGCUCAUGACCUCAUGAAAACACACGACCUUAAGGUUGCGAACCGCCCGCAAUUAAAAGUGGUGGAGAAAAUUUUCAACGGUGGGCGAGAAAUGGUUUUCUCCCCUUACGGAGAAUAUUGGAGGCAGAUUAAGAGUGUAUGCAUCGUCAAUCUACUCAAUAAAAAAAAGGUACAAUCCUUUGAAAAGGUAAGAGAAGAGGAGAUAAGUGAAAUGAUGGAGAGGGUGGAGAAAGCAAGUUCCGAUUCUUCACCACUAAAUCUAAGCGAACUUCUUCUUACGCUGACAAGCGAUGUCACAAGUAGAGUUUCCUUGGGAAGAAAAUAUAGCAAGGAGGAAAGCAUGAGUGAUUUCAAAAUUCAAAUGAGGAAAAUCACGGAGCUUGUAGGCGGAUUUCCCGUUGGCGAAUAUAUCCCGUGUUUGGCGUGGAUCGAUAAACUUCGCGGUGUGGAUGAAAAAGCCGAGGAAGUGAGUAAAGCAUUUGGAGAUCUUAUGGAAAAAGUGUUGCAAGAGCAUUUAGAUGCCACCGAUAAACCAACACUGGAUUUCGUCGAUGUAUUGCUAUCCCUUGAAAGACACGAGAGAAAUGGAGUACAAAUUCGACGAAGCGACAUUAAGUUCCUAAUCUUGGAUAUGUUUUUAGCAGGAACAGAAACAACUUACGCACUACUAGAAUGGAUAAUGACAGAGCUUAUCAGACAUCCAGAGUGCAUGAAGAAACUCCAAGACGAGAUUCGCGCAAAGGCAACAAAACUUAUUCUAUAUAUAUCAGAAGAAGAUGUUGAGGAUAUGAAGUACUUAAAAGCGGUGGUUAAGGAGGUGCUUCGGUUGCACCCACCUUUACCAUUACUAGUUCCCAGAGAACUGAGUGAAGAUAUUAAAUUAAAAGGAUACGACAUAGCUGCAGGCACACAGGUGAUUUGUUUUGUUCUUUUGUUAUGCUCCUUUUAACCAAUAAAUCGUAAUAAGCAUCUAAAUGUCUUUGGAGGAUCUAUAUAUAUAUAUAUAUAUAGGUAAUAAUCAAUGCUUGGGCUAUUCAACGAGACACUAUGACAUGGGGGAUAGAUGCUGAAGAAUUUAGGCCAGAGAGGCACUUAGAUUCACUUGUGGAUUUUCGAGGAACAAAUUUUGAAUUCAUUCCAUUUGGGUCUGGAAGAAGGAUUUGUCCUGGAAUCGGAUUUGCUAUGGCUUUGGUUGAGGUGACACUAGCCAACCUUGUGAAUCGAUUUAACUGGAGAAUGGAAGUCCAACAUUCCGGGGAUGAAUAUGAUCUAGCGGAAUCAACGGGACUUGAUGUUUGCCGCAAAUUUCCUCUUAUUGUAUUUCCAUCUCCCGCUUAAUCUAGUCCCCAUGUAUCACUACGUUCAUCAAGUGCAAAUUGAUGGGGAAUGGGGUGGUAUAUCCAUAUUUCGUUCAUUACGUUUAGGGGCUAAUUCCUUGAAAGAGAAGUAGUCUAUUUUCGUGAUUCAUGUUCUAGAACGGUGCUUAAUUAAUUGCCUUUGACUCAUUGAUUUAUUUUGUUCCUCAAUCCCUGAAAAUUUUCCUAAGACCCAACGCUUUUAUCUUAUUUGCUUAAUCAAUCUUUUUUCAUUG